AUGUGGGGUGACGCCUUACUGUACUUGGUGGGUAUCGCCGUCUGGUUUCGUCCGCAACGGCAGUUACCUGCGUCCGAUAUCGAGAUGGUCGUCAAGACUUAUCUCGUGCUUGAACAACCUCUACCUACCAUCACUGUUACCUUCACUGAAACCGUCGGAGUUGUUGCUACCGCCAUCACCCACGACAUUCCGGCCCCCUCCUCUACGCCCGUCCCCGAGUCCGACCUCUCUACUGUAGACGGCUACGCCUACCCCUCCCCUGACUACACUCGGGCUGAGUCUCGUACCCGAGCUCGUUCCGACGAGCUUCAUCAAGAUCGUACGACUGCAAUGCACGUAAUGUGGACGCCUCAGUAUUCCACAUUCGAUGUCAUCGCAAUCUUCGCCGCAGUCUUUUCCGCCGCCGUCAUGGCCUCAUGGAUCGCUAUCAUCGUCAAAGGCAAGGAUCACGUUAUGCAAUCAUUGGGUCAGAUCCCUGAAUACAUCGACGCUUCCUUUCGACACACUGGCUGCCGCAUCGGAUAUGCUUGUCUGAUCCUGGCUUGGGUAGGCUUGAUCACCGACUACUUGACCGGAUGGUCAGAAGGAUACGUAGUAUGGCCGAAGAUAAUCAAAGUCCUUUUCUCGUAUCCACUCAUCCUCAUCGCCCACUUCCAACUGCCGCCCAUCGGCCACAUUCUCUUCCUGUGUGGACGGUUUGCAAAGACGGUUGCAACCGCCCCAGUACAAUGGAUUGCUAGACAGGCGAGACGUUGGUACGAAGCCCGGACAAGCACGCGUCGCAUCGACAGAGUAUUCGAUCGACCUAUCACCAGGAUUACCAUCGGAGAGUGCCUUUUCCCAGACCUUGCCGCCGCCAGACCGAGACAACCGGACACCAAGUUCUCUGUGAUAAUCAAGGCCGCUUUGAGCGACAUCUUCUUUCUCGGCUGGAAUCUCAUCGUUCUUGUGAUCAAGCUCCGUAUCCGAUCUUGGAUGCAGAUUUGGUCACACUCUCGCGAUAUCGGCUUGGUCAUGAUGGAAGAGCUUUUCGGCGGGGGCGACAAUGCGUUCUCUUGGAACGUCUGGCUAGGAUGCUACCAGACCGUCCUGAAGGGCAUCCGCGAACUUCUCUCCGUAUCCAACGGGCUGAUUAGGACAGCUCUCGGUGGAAUCUGGGUAGGCCUCAAGCUGGUGAAAGCCGUCUACAAUCGCGCCCUCAUCCGUCUCUUGGAGAGGAAAGUACCUGACAAUUUGUCGCCCCGCGAGAUCAAGACUUACGAAGACAACGUCCACAAUGCUUACUGCGAGGCGUCCACAUACAACCACAGCCAGAUCGCGCUUCUUUUGCUGCGACAGUGGAAAUCCCUCGAAGACAUAGCUCGUUUGGAAGCUCAAAUCAAGUACAUGGAGCAACACUACGACUCCAUUAACAGCCGCGAGAUUGGCGAGAAGUGUGUUGGCUACCGUGCAACGAUCAUCGAGCUCGUUCACGACAACAACUACUUCCGUCUUCUGCUCUGCGCCAUCUUGAACGCUCUUUACAACGAACUUCAUGGUCGAAGGCCCAACGAUCUCAACGCCAAACAUCCUUACCAGCCCAGCCAGCUUGAGUUCCGCGUUAAACCUGACCCGCGCACUGGCUUCUACAUGGGUUAUAGGGAACACUCGAUUCGGGCCGUCAACAAAUGGGAUCUCGGCCACGAAUACCUAAGGCAAGUUGAAAACUUCGGCAUGAAGUACGAGAAGGAGCCCAUGCGCAUGUCGAUGAUUCUCGCCUGGAAAGCUAACGGCCCUGGUAACGUCCCCGACAACUUCGAUCCGUUCGUCAAGAAUCACUGGGUCUUCUCUGGCGCCAUACCUGGUCUUAACAUCCCCGUUUACAAGUCCGAGCACAACCCGUUCAACAUCCACGAGAAGCGCUUCCUGGUCUACGUCAACCCUGAGGGUCUUUUUGGGCCCCAGAUCGAGGACUUCGCCGCCAAGGGCCAACUUGCGCAGUGGGGCGAUCCUGAGGCCAUGAAGCCCAAGGUUGCUCCUUUCGACGCCGCCGAGCUCCGCAAGUUUACUGCCAAGAUGGAGUUCGGUACUGCGCCGCCUCGCAAGCACAAGAUGGCUUCAUUGCCCAAGAUGCCCGCCUACUCGAGUGAUCCGUGCCCGACUGGUGAGCCCAGGACGACGGACUUCCCGCUCUACAGGAAGGACUUUGCCUAG